AUGAAAUACUUUUCUCUAAUUAUUAUUGCUGCUUUUGCUUUAUCAUGCAAUGCCGGUUAUGAUUAUUAUAAAUUAAGUAGUCCUCUUUAUAUGUCAUUAACUAGAACUCAAAUUGGGCAAAUAAAGUUGAUUCAGUCUGAUGAUACACUUACUCCAAGUGCAAUGAGACAAAAAAUUUUAGAUUACCUUACAACACAAGGUAACAAUUUUGUUACACUUUAUAAUCAAUUUGUUGCAAAUCAAACAUCUCUUAUUAAUGAAGUUAAACAAACAAGAUUACAAUUGAUAAAUAAUUCCACAAUGUCAGAGAGUGCUAAAAAUGCACAAAUACAAAUUGAUGAAAUAUCUUCAAAUGAAAAUCUUAGUAAAUUUGAUAAAAAAAAUCAGAUAAGACAGAUUAAGGCAAAUUUACCUUUGUCAGUUAUAAAUGAGAUUAAGAAUUUUGAGAAUGGUCGUAUGAAUCCCUCAAACAGUAGAUACCUUUUGGAAACAACAAAUAAUAGAUUAACAUAUAGUCAAAAUAGUGAUGAAAGUCUAUUUGACUUUGAUUUUGAAGAUGCCUAUGAAAUAGAUAAGAGAUCUGUUAAAACUCCAAUAUCAAGAGCCAGAAGGGCAAUUCAAUAA